AUGACCCCAUAUCAGUUGGUGUUCGGGAAGGCAUGUCAUCUACCCCUUGAGCUUGAACAUAAAGCCUUUUGGGCACUCAAGCUACUAAACCUUGAUAGUACCGCUGCUGGGGAGAAAUGGAUAUUGCAAUUUCAAGAAUUAGAGGAGCUUAGAUCUCAAGCAUAUGAAAAUGCAAAAAUCUACAAGGAAAAAGCUAAGAUAUGGCAUGAUCAAAAGAUAGCAAGGAGAGAGUUUGAGAAAGGUCAAAAGGUGUUAUUGUUCAACUCAAGACUCACAUUCUUCCCAGGGAAACUUAAGUCUCGAUGGUCAGGACCUUUUACUAUCCUUAAGACAUCCCCAUAUGGUCACGUAGAGCUCAUAGAGGACAAAACUCAGAGAACUUUCACUAUCAAUGGCCAUAGCCUCAAACAUUACUUGGGAGGCUAUUUGGAGGAGCAGAGAGUGAACUACAAGCUCAACUAA